UUUUCCAACCUGAUUUUUAAAAACUAUUUACAGGGGAUGGAGAGAUGUUCAGCAGUUAAGAGCUCUUGCCGAGAACCCGGGUUCAAGUCAUAGCACACACAUGCUGCCUUACCAUCAUCUGUUACCAGGGGAUCCAAGGAAGUCCUCUUCUGGUCUCCAAGGGCACUGGACACACAUGAUGCACACCUCUGUACAGGCCAGUCCUCGACCCGCGGCCACGGAACAGGCUCCGGGCUCAUUCCCCUCGCCCAGACUGGGCCGACCUUGCCUCCUGCCCCUCAGGCUCGCCGGGCCGUUCUUCUUCGCAGUUGCAGUUCCCGCCUCGCUGCGGGGCCGCCCGCUGAGCCGACGGAGGAGGGGCCCGUCCGUCGGGCUGGUUCCAGCCUUUUCUGGCGCCGAACUCCCGGACCCGCCUCUCCUCCCCGCCUCCCAAUCCCCCCCCACCCCGCUCCGCGCUCCAGUUGCCAGGGAGCGGUUGCCAUAGAGCUGAGCAGU